GCCGCUCUGCUGUGUGCUGCCGCCGCCGACAAUGCAAAUCUUUGUGAAAACUCUAACUGGCAAGACCAUCACCCUGGAGGUGGAGCCCAGUGACACCAUCGAGAAUGUCAAGGCAAAGAUCCAAGACAAGGAAGGCAUCCCCCCCGACCAGCAGAGGUUGAUCUUUGCCGGCAAACAGCUGGAAGAUGGGCGCACCCUGUCUGACUACAACAUCCAGAAGGAGUCCACUCUGCACCUGGUGCUGCGUCUCAGAGGUGGGAUGCAGAUCUUCGUGAAGACCCUGACAGGCAAGACCAUCACCCUGGAGGUGGAUCCCAGUGACACUAUCGAGAAUGUCAAGGCAAAGAUCCAAGACAAGGAAGGCAUCCUCCCCGACCAGCAGAGGUUGAUCUUUGCCGGCAAACAGCUGGAAGAUGGGCGCACCCUCUCUGACUACAACAUCCAGAAGGAGUCCACUCUGCACUUGGUCCUGCACUUGAGGGGAGGUGUCUAA